AUGGAAGUUCCCAAACAAGAUAAUAGCUUACCGGCUCUUGGCCCAUCGCCAAUCGCAAAGUCCAAGAGUCGCCGAUCGCUCUCUGACGGCGGAAGCACGCCGAUUAAAAUCCCCUCCCUACCCAAUUUCGGCGAUCUAUCCCGACGAACCUCGAAAGAUGACAGCGGCCUCCGGGAUAUCACGACACCGGUGACGCCCCGGCGUCCAGAGUUCCCCCCUAGCGGUCUGUCGCUCCAGAUGCCCACGAGAGAGUUCACUCCGCCGCCCGCUACCUCAAGCGCUUACAUCAAGGCCGCCCCUCUGUCUCCUCAGGUCGACAACUCCCAUAUAUAUGCAUCUCCCACAAAUAUCGUCCCUCGACGGUCGCGCGGCCUGGAUUUCUCCCGGGCUGCGACAAGUCUCCACCACUCGACUCUGGCCGGGCAGUCUUCGCCGGAUGCGUCGCCGACUAUGGCCGGCAAGGCGAUGAACAUCCCGGCUCGUCGGGGCGACUUUGGAGGUCCGGAGCAGGUAUCAUCGUCACUCUGGUCAAUGAUGGGAAAUCGGGAGCGGAUGAAUCUCAGCCACUCGCUAGGUAGUGCGCAUGCGGUUGGCUCCGACUCGUCCAGUUCCUCGGAUGAAGACGACCCGAUGGACGAAGAUAUGGAGGAUAACUUCGUCAUGACACCUCAAGUACACAGGACGAUUUCAAGUGUGGGCCAGCCUCCAUUCGGGUCACCAGCAGCGGGGAGCUUGAUGAGCUUCCAACAGCGCCAAAGACACCGCAAACAUAUCAAGAAGAAGACACGCGUCCCCAUGGGGAUAGGGUUCAACAGCGGGGGCUCAAGUAUCUCCAACUCACCUCCGAACAACGCUGCCACCAACGCCAGACGAGAAAGCAUUAGCUGGCAGGCAAAUCAAUUGCACAUAGCAGAUGCCGCUGAUGAAGCCAACAAGGGGAACGAAGGUGAUGGGACGAGUAGCGAUGGUUCAAGGAAUGUCAUUCGUCGGGCAGUGACACGGAGGGGAAAUAUGUUGCCCAAGACGAAGACUUUUGCCCGAAUAAGAGCAGUCCUCGCAGAGGAGGGUGCACCAGCCGAGGCUGAGUUCAAACGCGAAGCGGAGGUAGUCAAACAAGUUCGCGAAAGCGAUGUGCUUGAGCCUCGUAGGGCACCGCCCGUCCCAUCAGCAGAAACCCCAACGUCCACCAUCGCCCCCGGUCUUUCUUCACCCAAUCAAGAGAACCUAGACGACAUUCCCGAAGACGACAUGAUGGGAGAUCUGGCUCUCGGUCUAUCUAGCAGCUUCAAACAACAAGCGAUGAAAAAUUCCAAGGGCAAGAACUUCUGGGACACCUUUUCCGAUAGCGGGAGCGUCAACGGCCGGACGAGCCCACCACCCUUGGCUCUUCAAAUAGUACCACGGGGUUCCGCAUCCGCAUCAAAUAUCUAUGAUGAUAUAUCAAUGGACUCGCCUUCACUAGCUGUAGCGCCUGGCUUCGCUCAAAUCCGGCAAGAGAUGCAGUUCCCGCAAAACCAACCACCGAGCGCUGCGGAGAUCACACGUCGGAUCAACAACAAACGCCGCCGUGACAGCGACUUCGACCCUGUCAGCUUCAAACGUCGUGCCGUCAGUCCCGGCAUGAGCGUGCACAACUCCCCACUCGUACAAAGCCCAAUGCAGCGAGACGCGGGCCACCUGCACUCCAGGCCAAGCAGCAACAGCGGGGAGAAGAACGGCAGCAGCGCCCCGAGCGAGUCGGGGAGCAAUGGCGGUGCAUCCACCAACCCUACCAGAGUGAAUGGCAAAGGGAGAGUUGGCUUCCAAGGCAUGGUAGAUACCAACGAAGGCAUCAUGCGAAUGAGUAUUGAAUAA